GGGACUUCCGGCAGGAGGCGGCAGGUUUGAAAAGCAACAACGGCCGGAGUCUGGUGGGUUUUGGCUGCGCCGCGUCUGCUCGAGCUGUAGAUUAACAGAAAACUCCCAAGAUGGAAACUUUGUCUUUCCCCAGAUAUAAUGUAGCUGAGAUUGUGGUUCAUAUUCGAAACAAGAUCUUAACAGGAGCUGAUGGUAAAAACCUCUCCAAGAAUGAUCUUUAUCCAAAUCCAAAGCCCGAAGUCUUGUACACGAUCUACAUGAGAGCCUUACAGAUAGUGUACGGAAUUCGGCUGGAGCACUUUUACAUGAUGCCAGUGAACACCGAAGUCAUGUACCCACAUAUAAUGGAAGGCUUCUUGCCAUUCAGCAAUUUAUUUAUUCACCUGGACUCGUUUUUGCCCAUUUGCCGGGUGAAUGACUUUGAGACUGCUGAUAUUCUAUAUCCAAAAGCAAAACGGACAAGUCGGUUUUUAAGUGGCAUCAUCAACUUUAUUCACUUCAGAGAAGCAUGCCGUGAAACAUACAUGGAAUUUCUUUGGCAAUAUAAAUCUUCUUUGGACAAAAUGCAGCAGUUGAACACAGCACACCAGGAGGCAUUGAUGAAAUUGGAGAGACUUGACUCUGUUCCAGUGGAAGAGCAAGAAGAGUUUAAGCAACUUUCAGAUGAUAUUCAGGAGCUGCAGCAAUCACUGAAUCAGGAGUUUCGUCAAAAAACGAUAGUGCUGCAAGAGGGAAAUUCCCAAAAGAAGUCAGAUAUUUCAGAGAAAACCAAGUGUUUGAAUGAACUAAAAUUGUUGGUGGUUUCUUUGAAAGAAGUUCAAGAGAAUUUGAAAACAAAAAUUGUGGAUUCUCCAGAGAAGCUGAAGAAUUACAAAGAAAAAAUGAAAGAUACAGUCCAGAAGCUUAAAAAUUCCAGGCAAGAAGUGAUGGAGAAGUAUGAAAUCUAUAGAGAUUCAGUUGACUCCCUGCCUUCUUGCCAGCUGGAGGUGCAGUUAUAGCAAAAGAAAAUACAGGACCUUGCAGAUAACAGGGAAAAAUUAACCAGUGUCUUAAAGGAGAGCCUGAACUUGGAGGACCAAAUCGAGAGUGAUGAGUCAGAACUGAAGAAAUUGAAGACUGAGGAAAAUUCAUUCAAGAGACUGAUGAUUGUGAAGAAGGAAAAACUUGCCACAGCACAAUUCAAAAUAAAUAAGAAGCAUGAAGAUGUGAAGCAAUACAAACGCACAGUAAUUGAGGAUUGCAAUAAAGUUCGAGAAAAAAGAGGUGCUGUUUUUGAGCGAGUAACCACAAUUAAACAAGAAAUCCAGAAAAUUAAGUACGGAAUUCAGCAACUGAAAGAUGCCACUGAAAGGGAGAAAUUGAAGUCCCAUGAAAUAUUUUUAAACUUGAAAACAGCUUUGGAGAAGUACCAUGAAGGCAUUGAGAAGGUGACAGAGGACUGUGGUGCUGACAUAGAGGAGAAAACAGCUGAGCUGAAGAGGAGGAUGUUCAGAACGGCCACCUGAGGCACAGAGGGACACGCCUUUUUGUAAACAGCUGGCCACCUUUUGACUUUUUGUUUGGAAAGGGACUAGUGAAGCUGAAGCUAAUGGAAGUAUCGAAGUACCAAAUACUGCAGGCUCAUUCAGCUUUUAGGUACUCGGAUAAGUGGUUAUUUUAUAAAAGACGCAUUUAAUGUAGGCUUUUAUUAACUUAUAAUUGUGGUAACGUGUGCAGGUAUUCAUGUCUCCCUUUUGCCCGUUUUUGUAAGUAGUGAUUGCAUUAAAACAAAGUCGCUACCUUUGAAAUGUCUGGGGUGCUUUGGUUCCUGUCACGGCUGCCGUUGUGCUGCUCGUUGGCAUACAGAGCUGUGACUUUCUCGGGCCCUGACUCUUCUGCCAUUGGUGUUUCCUCGAGGUAAAUAUUUUCAUUAUUAUUUUAUAGCUGAAGUUAACUGAACUGCAUUCUGUAUGAUACCAAAGUCGGGCAUGUUUCUACUGUACCAUGUUUUCUGAUGUAAUUAUUUAAAAGUUUGAGCAUAGAAGUCCGUUUCUUCAUUAAUGCCCCUGGCAAUUUUAUGAAAAGAAUGAAUGAAAACAUGAAACGUGACUAGAGCAAUUCAUUUUACUCACGAUACCAGGCCAGCACAUCUGAGAGGGGGCGGGACUCUGACAGGGUCUCAUCAUGCUUGAUCCCCUUCUCCACAGCACUCCAGCGAGGCAUGAUCUUGGACACUGGUGCCUAGCGUGUUUCGGGUGAACUGGGAUCUAAACCUGUGGUGGCCACAUGGCUUCCAGCACUGCAGAGUAGCAGGCUCCUUACCUGUGGCACCAUGACGGCGCAGGUACUGAACAGUGUGAGUGUAAUGUAGGUCGAGACCCGGCUUCCAGGGAGAGAAGCGGCAAAAAUGAGGUGUCCAGGGAGUAGACGUGGUAUAUAGUUGAGCUGUCGCCUUGUCCCUUCCUAGCUUCCCUUUAAAUAUUAGUAGUAAUUGUGACCCAUAGAAAGGGGAUGAGGCUGGGGUAAGCAGGACCAGAGCUCAUCCUACAUUUUGAAACUUUCAGCCCCCUUACACCUAUCUUUACUUUGAGUUACUGCCCUUCAUUUGUCAUGAGCUAAUUUCUAGAAAACUAAUCUAGACUUGUGAAUCUACUUCACCGCAUGCCUGUCAUGGGAGUUCCUUUAUCUGCACUGACCCCUGAGCUGUCGACUCCUACUUUCCUACUUAAGAAUUCCACGGGUGCGUUUUUCUUCCUAACCUCUUCCUGUCUAAUACUUAUAUCCCUUUGUCUCAAUAGCACAACUAUCUCGAUGUUCGUGGUUUUUCCCUUUUUUCCAUGUAUUUACUUACUUUUUACAUUUUUCCACAAACAUAUCACAAAAUUUUUGC